AUGAAUACAAAAUUUUAUUUUUUCAUUUAUUACCUCAUAUCGGGAUAUGAUGUUACAUCAAUUUCUUACGAUCAAAGUCAAACCGGUGAAUUAAAUGUUCAAGUUGAUUUGAAAGAUAUACAAAUUAUUGCGCUCAUGAAAGGCGGUAAAGAAGAGUAUGUGGACUAUGACUACGCUUACGAUUAUUCCGAGAUGACAAUAAAGCCGCAAAAUCGAACAACACCAAAGCCGUUACAAGUGUACAACGGUACAAGUGCAGUAACAGAUUCCGUAAGAGAUAAUACUACAAUAGCCGCAACGGUAUUCGCGGAAAACACAACUGUGGCCGCGUCCAUUAAAACGUCUUCUGAAACCUGGAACACAACAGCCUAUGAAUAUACAACGACGUCCAGGAGUACAGUUAUAACGGAAAAUGAAACAAUAGCAGAAAAUAAGAAUGUUACAUCAACUACAGAAUCAACAAGCAGCUGUAAAAUGGGAUUUUUAUUAAACCAUAAAGGGGAAUGUGUACUUAAAGUUCAAGGAACGGGAAAUGCGUUACUUAAACUUGUAAAGCUUUCACAAAAGCUAAAGUUGAGAAGAGAAAACAAAAGCAACCCUGAAGAUUAA